AUGGGGGCUCCCAGGAAGCGGCCUGCUUGUGCAAAGGCAGCUUCUGGAAAACAGUCGGAGAAGGCUGAUGAAGAGAACCCCAAGGCCAAGGAAGAGCUGCCGGAGACGCCGACUGUUAUGGCUUCUGGCAUGGUGACUCCACUGGCCACAGUUCAACUGCUGACAAAGGCAGCAGGGCUUCGGCGGUCCGACAAGAGCAAUGAAUUGGAGUGGGCUUCUGCCUUUGAUGGGACGGGCAUGCCGUCUUACGCGCUGAAACUGUUGUCAGUUCCGGACAUGUCUUCAACUUUCAACGGCUCGGGUUAUUGCUACGUGCAUAACCACUGCUGCGAAGUUCCGACGACUUCGCCCAUGCUGCUGUGCGCCGGUUUCCUGUGCAAGAGUUCUUCAUUGCAGAACGGCAGUCGGUGGGUCAAGGAUCCGGUGGCGGCGGAUUCGGCCAGCUGGAUGUCUUUUCAGGACACGAUGAAGCUGCUUCAGAAGGCGAAUCCUCGAUUCUUCAUCCUGGAGAACGUGCAAGGUUGCAAGUUCCCAGGGGCCCCUCGCAAGCGCCGUGCCCCAGAGGAUGAAAGUGCGACACAGUCCCCCAAGGAUGUCUUCGACGAAGUCAUAUCGAAGGAGCUGCCUAAUUUCAACGUGCAGUGCAUCAACUUGGAUUCCGCUCCCAUGGCCGAACAAGUUUCGAGAAUCUCUGCAGCGGCCAAGACCAUCCCGCGGCAAAGCUUGCAGUUUUACUUUGACCAGAGUUCCGUGGCCGAGGUGGGCGUGCCGGAGAGCCAGGAGUACGAUGGCACGCGAGAGGUUGCUUACACCCAACAUUUCGCAACACAGAUGCAGAAAGCUAUCGAGGCUGGCAGGAUUCCGAAGACUGCUGUGCCGAAGCAUCGGCAUCUCAGGCCGUCGUCUGUGUGCAAGGCCUUGCAGUGCAUGCCUCCUGGCACGCAGGCAAUUGCUGAUGUGGCCUUGAUGAUACUCGUCGAGAAGCAUGGCGACUUGGAGAACUUGCCGGUGGCCAUUGCUGACGUGUCACAGAGCAGUGACCGUCUGAAGUUGUCAGUCACUGGCAUUUGGGGAACGAUCACGACGAGUUCCAAGCUUUUCGAUUUUAAAUCAGAGAAGCUCCUGGAUGCGCGAAUGCAGCUACAGCUCUUGGGAAUAGAUGUGAAAGAUGUGAUGGUGACCUGGUUGAAAGACAAGGAGAUCACGGACAUGGCCGGAAACGCCAUGAGCAUUUCUCAGUGCACACAAGUGCUUCUACCAUUGCUUUCGCACCUCGGCCAAGCCAAAAAGGAGAUAUCCGUUCUAUGGGUUGCCGGCGGCGGCCUUGCGUCACCACUGCUUCUGGACGAGGUGGCUUGGCCCGGGAAGUCGGUGGCGGAGGUGAAGCUUGUGGAGUUUGCACUUGAUCCUGCUAGACAGCAAGCUCGGGUUCUCUAUGACAAAAACUUUGCGAAGGUUGCGUGCUUGCAAACGAGCAGUGAUAUCAUGAACGUUAAGUGCUUGGCUUCUGUGAUUGUGGCUGGACGGGCCCCGACAAGUAAGAAGGCCUUCGAGUGGUUCCUGAAGUCAUGGAAGGAGUUCUCUCACCAGCGUGGUGUGAAGAUCGUGCUUGUUCUGUCCAGUCCGCGGCCACCUUCAAUCUCAGAUCCGGCUUCGUGUGGUUGGGUGUUCGGAAGCCAUGAGAUUAAUUGGUCUUUGUUCUCCUGCUUCGAUACCUCUUGCUACGUCACAAUUUUUUGCCAGGCAGAGCAACAGGGCUCGAAUUUGGCAAAAGCACUUGCGCAUGAAAUGGCAAAGAUCCUGCAGCUGCCUCAUGUCCACGGCACCAACAAGCACGUCAAUGAGCAGUUGCCCAAAACAGAGAGCACCGACAAGAAGGACCUCAAGAUCCUGGCCGCCGCGCAGAAGCUGGAGCGCCUUGCUGGCACAGCUCAGGCCAGUCGCUUCAUAGAUGCUUCGAACAAGUCUUUGCCAGUGAAGCUUGGCAUUCCAGAUCCGAAGAAGGCUUCCUUGCCUCUCUCCAUCGCGCAGGAUGGAAGUGUGAACCGAGUGUGCCUUCUUGAAGCUUUGGGGUACAAGGCACAGGCGGCAAAUCUUUCCUUGCUGUCAGAGGCUGCUCAGCAAUCCAUUUUGGCCAGUACAGUGCCUGCGGCUGUUGCGGCCACAAUGCUGAAUGCAGUUGCCCGCUUCUUGUAA